AUGCAGCUGCCGUGGGCUGGGCAGGGCUCUGGCAAUGAGUCCCUGCUGCCAGUGGCUGGCGUGCCCAUCAUCACCGGAGAUGCGGCCGAUUCGUCGCGGCCGGGCAGAUCAGAGUCAAGGCCAGGACAUGCCCGGUCACCAUCGGCGCAUGCGCUGGGAGUGGCCAAGGAGUAUUCCUCCAUGACCCCCAGCGAAGCCGCCGCGCAACUACGAACCUCGCUUACUUACGGCCUCACGCCCAACGAAGCCUUGAAACGACUCAGCGAAUACGGACCCAAUGAGAUCCCCCACGAGGAACCAGAACCGCUUUGGCUUCGGUUCUUGAAGCAAUUUCAGGAACCAUUGAUUGUACUCUUGCUAGUAUCCGCGGGAAUGUCGCUGCUCUUGGGCAACAUGGAUGAUGCCAUCAGUAUCACCGUGGCGGUAACCAUUGUCGUUUCCGUGGGGUUCGUCCAGGAGUAUCGAUCGGAGAAAUCUAUCGAGGCUCUCAACCACCUAGUACCGAAUCAUGCACACCUUGUACGAGGCUCGCCGAGCAAGUCUUCUAGUCUACCGAAAGCCCCCAGCUGGCCCCCCAAUGUCAACGGCCUUCAAGACCCCGCCGACAGCUCUGGUUUAAUCACACCAAUCGAAGAUAUCCUGGAUGCGACUUCGUUCAAAGUCUCGGCUUCUCAGCUUGUGCCCGGAGACUUGGUCUUAUUUACUACUGGCGAUCGUAUUCCGGCCGAGAUUCGAGUUACCAAGGCGGCCGACCUGACCAUUGACGUCUCUAACCUCACUGGCUUCAAUCAAUUUCACAAGCAGUCAUCCCUUGCCCCAGAAGCACCCACAAGUGCUGCUGAGCUUGACAGCACCGCUAAGAACGUUGCGUACAUGGGCACAUUGGUAAAAUCUGGACACGGCCAAGGAAUUGUUUUCGCAACUGGCGGGAAUACUCAUUUCGGAUCGAUUGCUUCAAGCGUUUCUGGGACAGAAAACCCUAGGUCACCUUUGCAGUUGUCCAUGGAUGACCUUGGCUCACAGCUGAGCAAAGCAUCAUUUGUCGUCAUCGGAUUGAUUUCUCUUGUUGGUUGGCUGCAGGGGAAGAAAUUGCUGGAAAUAUUCACCAUUUCUAUUUCCUUGGCUGUUGCAGCCAUCCCGGAAGGUUUACCCAUCAUUGUCACCGUUACUCUAGCUCUUGGUGUGCAUCGGAUGGCCAAGCAUCAUGCCAUCGUGCGCUGGAUGCCCAAAGUUGAAACCCUUGGCUCUGUCAAUGUAGUGUGCACUGACAAGACCGGCACACUGACAACUAAUCAUAUGACUACCGUCGAAAUGUGGUGCUUUGGAGAGGACGGCUCGUUCAACGUAGCUUCAGACGCCGAGGUUGAAGAAUUCAAACCGACGCCAGCUGCCCUACAUAUCCUACGAAUCGGAAAUAUUGCAAACAAUGCACGACUAUCCAAGAAUUACACCGAGAGUAGCGGUGCCACGAGUGCCGUCUUGUCCUCAACAAUGGGUCGUGAAGAGGCAUCUACUUUUACUCGCUGGGUUGGCCAACCAACGGAUGUAGCUAUGCUCGACUUACUUGACAAGUUCAAGGAACACGAUGUACGAGACUCCGUGGGCCCUCGCAUUACAGAAGUACCCUUCAGCUCGGAGAGGAAGUGGAUGGGGGUUACUGUUGGAAGCGAAAGAGAGUAUGCAUACAUGAAGGGGUCAAUCGAGAAGGUUCUCGCCGCUUGCGACACGUAUAUGGAAAAAGACGGACGAGAGAUUGUACUCGACAAUGCGCGACGCCAAGAGGCCAUGGCAGCCGCCGAUGCCAUGGCGUCUAAAGGGCUUCGAGUGCUUGCUUUUGCUAGCGGCCCAGUGCCCAGAUCCUCAAGAGCGCGCUCAUCAGCAACUGACACACGAAGCAACACACCCGCCGAUGGUGCGUCCAGCCCGGUCAUUCCUCUGGGCUCUGAUGAUACCUACAAGGGACUCGCAUUUGCUGGCUUGGUUGGUAUGAGGGACCCCCCUAGGCCUGGCGUAGAACGCUCCAUCCGACGACUGAUGCGAGGCGGCGUCAGAGUCAUCAUGAUUACCGGUGAUGCAGAGACUACGGCGCUUGCGAUUGGUAGACAGCUAGGAAUGAAUGUCGCUAUUCCUAGCGCUCAUUUGCCAGGCCAGAAUGCAGUCAAGGCUGUCUUGAGAGGAGAUGAGAUUGACAGGAUGUCGGAUGGGGAUCUCGCCGAAGCGAUGCAGCACACUACUAUUUUCGCCAGAACUAAUCCGGACCACAAGAUGAAGAUUAUCCGCGCUCUCCAAUCCCGGGGAGACAUUGUAGCAAUGACGGGCGAUGGUGUAAACGAUGCGCCUGCCCUCAAGAAAGCCGAUAUUGGUAUUGCAAUGGGACGUCACGGAACCGAUGUUGCUAAAGAGGCAGCGGACAUGAUUUUGACCGACGAUGAUUUCUCCACCAUUCUACGGGCCAUUGAAGAAGGCAAGGGAAUAUUCAACAACAUUCAAAACUUCCUCACAUUCCAGCUUAGCACGAGUGCGGCAAGUUUGGCCCUGGUAUUUGUCUGCACAUGUUUCGGGUUCAAGAGCCCCUUGAAUGCCAUGCAGAUUCUCUGGAUUAAUAUUAUUAUGGAUGGUCCUCCUGCUCAGUCUCUCGGCGUCGAAAGCGUUGACCCAGAUGUCAUGAACAGGCCACCAAGAAAGCGCAAUGAUGCAGUUCUCACGAACAAACUCAUCCAGCGAGUUUUAACCUCAGCUGCCAUCAUCAUGGUCGGCACUAUGCUCACGUACCGGCGACAGAUGGCCGACGGCGUCGUCACCCGCCGGGACACUACCAUGACCUUCACUUGUUUCGUCUUCUUUGACAUGUUUAACGCUCUUAGCUGCCGCUCUGAAUCAAAAUCGGUGCUGCGUGGCGAGGUGGGGCUAUUUUCGAAUAACUUAUUUAACUGGGCAGUUUCUCUGUCAAUUGUCGGUCAACUGCUUGUCAUCUACCUUCCAUGGCUUCAAGAAGUUUUCCAGACAGAGGCCCUUGGGCUGGGUGAUUUGUUCCGGCUCGUCAUUCUUUGCAGCACGGUGUUUUGGGCAGAUGAAUUACGAAAGUAUCUGAAGUACGGGCGGCGGCGUUUGGGCGGCGGGUAUAGCCAAGCGGUAUAA